AUGGUCAUGGACGGUUGCAUGUGCGAGGGUGCGUGCACGUGCACCUACGAUGGCGUAGGCAUCGCCCCAGACGUGCCCGGAGUCACCUGCGACUACUUCGACGAGGCGCUUUUGGAGCCGCGCGCCAACGAUGGGCAGCCGUCAGGCGGGGAUUGGGUGCCGGAGGGCUGGGAUGGCGUCGAGGCCGAUCGGCAUGAGGAGCGGGCUAAACUCGAGCGUGCCGAGCGGAUUGAGCGAGAGAAGCAAGACGACCUCGCACACGCUUCAGAGAAAAUUUGGGCGCCAGAUUCUGAGACUGCUUACACGGGCGAUGCUGCUGAGGCCGAUGCAUACCUGCGCGACCCGGGUUCAGAGGCGUCACAGGCAUGGCUCGAGGCGCAGCUUGCUCCAGGCGGUGGAGGUCCGACACCGCCUGGCUCGCCCGCCUACGGGGAUAACUUCUGCCCUACCCCAGACUCGCCAGUGAGGCGGCCACGCGAGGAGGCGCCUGACGACAGCGACGCAUAUGAGCUCGACCAGGAGCGCGCGCUGGAGUUGCAGGGGCGCAUCUCCUUAUUUUACGGCCGGCCUUGGGACGAGGUGCCGAGAGGCGCGACGGUGCCAGUGACUUGCGAGUGGACCAUAGCAUCAUUCAGCCGACAGCAGCAAAUGCAACGCCCGCUCUCGCCCGCACCGGUAGCCACGGACUUUGACAUUGAGGACGAGUUCCUGCAGGAGCGUGCGCGGUGGUUCCGCGACCACGGAGGUGGCGGCGAGCUGGAGGGCUCGACGCGAAAGCAGAACGAGGCAUUCCAGCGUUUGAAGGACUCUGAAGGACUGCCUCUUUAG